AUGGGACCCGAACCCACGACCCUCAGCGCCGAAGACAACAGCGACUGCACCACCAAGUCAUCGCGCGACGUGACGGCAGCGGAAACGGGCACGCUCGCGGCCGGCGGCCCGGCGGCGCCGCAGCGGCUGAACAAAGCCGACCGGAGGCAUUUAUGCAAAUGGCGGCAUUCCGAAAACGCGCGGGGGCAAAAAAGCCGCCGCCACGGUGCCGGCGUCGCGUACUGUCUACAGAAGAUUAACGGCUCGCCU